AUGUCUAGAAGAAGGGAAGAGCGGAAAUAUUUCUUUAUGGCGAUGAUAUUUCUAUCAAUACCGUUUAUCAAUGGGGGUGAUUGUGGACCAAAAUUUAAUGAUAAAUGCUCAUGUGGAAUGAGUAAAUACAACGAUCGUAUUCAAUAUGUUGUGAAUUGUACAAACAAUGGAUUUCGUGAGGUUUCUAUGCUCCAGCAUUUGCCUUUACAAACAGAAAACUUCAUUUGA